GUGGCCAAGGCACUACAGAACAGAAAUCAGGGAAAGUCCUAUCACUCCAGUCCAUCCACAAACGCAAUCAUUUUGGAGAGACAAAGCUGCAUUUAGCUGUGAUGAAGGGAGACAUUCAAGACGUCAAAGACUUGAUCACAGAGGGUGCUUCUGUUAAUAUACCGGAUUAUGCAGGUUGGACUCCACUCCACGAGGCAGUGCAGAGAAACAAGUACGACAUGACAGAAAGUUUACUCGAAGCUGGAGCCGAAGUAGACUGCAGAGGAGUUGAUGGAAUAACACCUUUACAUGAUGCCAUUCGGUGUCAGUAUUACAAGAUAGUAGAGCUACUUCUGAAGUAUGGUGCUGAUCCAUUAUCAAAGAGUGACAGAGGGAUGACUCCUAUGGACAUGACCACAGAAAGAUCUGUGUAUAUACUGGUGGAGAAAUAUCUGCAGAAGACUAAAAGUGAUCCAGAUAAAAAUACACCCAGCACCACUGAUUCUGCUGUUAAUCCAAGUAUGAGCCAAAGAAACUGCCAGAACUCAAUCAAAGACACAAGAACUCCUCUUCAGAAAUCAACAGGAACUGCUGAUACAAGUGAGCAUGAAAGCAGCCCGCAGUCUGGUGAAGCUGAACCCUUUCCUGGUCCAAGCAAUGGACAACCAAGCUGUGAUCCUUCCAUUCAGGCCUCUCUUCAAGGGGAGGCUGGUGAAACUCUGAUGAAUGAUGGCAGUUUGGUAGCUGAGAAGACCAGCUCACAUUCUUUCCAUGACUAUAGCAAUGCAAUUACUGAUUUGUCAAUUCAGAGAAGAAGUGAAGAUUCAUAUAAAGAUCCCUCAACAAGAAAGACAAUAUCAGAGGGCUGUCAACUCAAUUAUGGGGCUGAUAUUAGGGAUGAUAAUGACUCUGCCAUUGCUAAGAAAAAGCUCAAAAGAACAAAACAUGACAUUCAAAAUGAAAAAGAUUUUUUGGAAUACUUGCUCAACUUUGAUACAAACCAUGUCAUUGAGAGUAAAAAAGAAGUAGAUGGCCCCUUAUUUCAGCAGAAUAAAGAACAACAGUCAGCUCUUGAGGUUUACCAAAAGAUUCAAUCUGAAACUGUGUGCUGUAAUGGCACCAACCACAACAGCAGUCAAGAAUGCAGCAAUUCUUCACUGCCCCUUCAUUUAAAUGAACUAAUUGACUCAUGUUUACAAGGGACAUUCAGAAAAGUCGCUAAUGGACAUCCAUCUGGAGCAGUGACUAAAUCAACAUUACAGAGUGAAGAAAUGUUUGACUCAGACAGCCCUGGUUCACUGUCUUUGCUUACGGCCAUAAUCCAUAGUCAAGGAUUAACCUGCAGUCCAGAGGAGUCAGAGAAAGAUGAACCAUUAGAGGAAUUAGACACAGCCGACAAACAACUCCCAGAUACUAAACCAUGCAUUGUUGUCGAGAAUCAUAUAGUUAGAGAUUCAGCGGAUUCUGACUGCACUUUUGUGGAGUGGUCCAAUGCCCCUGACAUUCAGAAAAGUCAGAAAAAGAAAUCGAAACAGAAGAAAAGGCCGCUUAGACGAGGACAAAAUGUCGCAGAGGGAUUGAAUACAGGACCAAAGACAUGUUUUAAAAUGACUCAGAAAAAUCUUGACAAGAGAAAUAGUGUAGGCGAGACUCAGCUUCACCGGGCGUGCAUCAGAGGAGACCUGCAAAUGGUCAAAGUCUUGAUAGAAGCUGGAAGCAAUGUUAAUGUAUCAGAUCAUGCAGGAUGGACCGCCCUUCAUGAGGCCUGUAGCAGAGGUUUUGUAGAUGUGGCAGAGCAGCUCUUGGAAGCAGGGGCUGAUGUCACCAGUAGAGGGCUAAAUGGAUGUAACCCGCUGCAUGAUGCUGUCGCAUCGGGGUCGUAUGAGAUUGUGAGGCUUCUCCUUCAGUUUGGCUCAAGCCCUCAUGACAAGAAUAUCCUGGGACAGAAUGCGGUAGACCUCGCAGAACAUGAAAGCAUCAAAGAGCUGCUUUUGACAUUUAAAGGACCUUUUCGUAAACCUUCCUGGACAACUGACACUACCAAACAGGGAUCCCAGCUUUUGGCUGCAGAGCACAUGCAGCCAGAUGCUGAUCAGGACGUGUUAGCUUGUAGCUACGAAGCCUCUCUUUUGGAAAAUGGAUCUGUCAGUGAUGCCCGUGACAGAGUCUUCCUCCUCCCAGAUCAAUGUUUUGAAUCAGUCCUGGAGAGUCAGUCCUCGGGUCCUGUCAUCUCUGAUUUUGCCUUUGAAAAGCAGGUUGUGUAUCAAUCCAAGUCAAGUUGUUUAAAUACAGAGAAAACACCUCUAGGAUCAGUACAUUCCCAUUCCUGCACAUUCAACAACAGUCCAUCAAAACCUGCUAUAAAAGAGUCAUCCAAAAAUGACGUUUUCAUGAACAUCAGGUCCAUUCGCUUGGUCAGCGAUGAGGAGUUUUUUCCAAACCACGAGAUGAACAGAUACUGGGAUGUCUUUGCCCAGAGUGAGGAGUGGACCUUUGAAACUUAAGAAAAUUGCUCGUGUAGCACAAAAGUGCCUGUUAGAGCAAUAAUGAAAACCAUUUCAGUGUUAAAACCUUUAAUGUUAGAACGUUUAUAAAGUGGAAGAGUGUUGUAUUCAAGUUGUUGUUUAGAAAGUACGAAUAGACUAUAUUUGAAAUGUUUUUGUACAACUAAGUUUCUUUUGUAAGAUGAUGGUCUUGAUAUUAAAAUGCAA